AUGGGAGUAUUCAAAAAAAGAUAACUUCAUUCAUUAAACAAUUAAAGCAAAUCUUCUUCAGUAGAAACUGGAAAUUAUUGCCACUCUCCUAAAUGCAAGCGUUUGCAGAAAGAGCACUCCAUUUUGGUUAAAAUGAAUCAUCCUAAUAUAGUUAAAUGUGACAUUCAGUUCUAUCAAAAUGAAGAGAGGUGCUGUAUCCGACUUGAGUAAGCUGACUGUGAUUUUUUAGAAUAUUUGACUCAUUUCUUUUAAAAUCGUACUAAGGCUUUUUUUAGAACACAAGUUUCUUUAUUGAGAAAUAUAGCCUCGGCGAUUGACUAUCUUCAUCAAAAAAAUUAUGUCCACAAUGACAUUAAAUUGGAAAACUGUCUUUUGUUUGUUUAGGCUGAUAAAACAAGUAUUUACCAGUAAUCAAAAAGUAAAACAAAUACUUUUGAUUCUAAGCCUCAAAUCAAUACUGAAGACUAAAUGUCGCGUUCAACAACUCAAUCAGAAACUUAUAGCGAAUUAACAAAUAAAUAAUAAUCUGGAGGAGAUAUUUCAUCUUCCUGUUCAUUAUCUGACUAAUCUGCUCGCAGGAAAGACUCGACUAACUCAGAUGGGUCUAAAAAGUAGUCAAAAAAGACCUCUUCAAAAAAGGGUCGACUCAUUUUGAAACUAGCUGAUUUUGAAUUCUCUUGUGUGGAUGAGCAAUGUUAAACAAUCGAUUACUUGAAAAGCUGGAAAUUGCGUAACAGAAAAUACAUGAGCCCAGAAAUGCUAGAUAUUUGCUAUCUUUUGGAAACAACCUCUUAAACUACUCAUGAAAUUGAAAAAGAAGGCUAAAUCCCUAAUAAUGCUCUUUCUUUAUCUUCAAUAUUAAACAGCAACUUCAAAAGAGCUUGCUCUUUAUACUGUGAUGAACCCUAAAAAUCAGUAACAUCAGUUAAUGGAGAAGAGGAAAUUAGUGAUAGUCAGAUGACUAUUUCAACAGAUGUAACUGUUGGAAGCAAUCUGACUAAUAAUGAGCAAUAACAAAUAAUAACUUCUCAAGAGAAAAUGUAGAAUCUUGUAAAAAAUAUCAGCAUGAAAGCGAAUGAUAUCUUUUGCUAUGGCAUUUUGUGCUUUUCUUCAAUUUUUGGAGUUUAUCCCUUCUAAAAAGAGCCCUCCAAGCAAGAUCCAAUUUAUAACUUGAUUGUUGAAGAUCGUCUAAAUGAAUUUUGGAAUCUUUUUGAAAGUAGAAUCAAAGAUAUGUUAGCCUAAGGUCUUCAACUAGAGUAAUUAAAUUUACUCAAAGACCUUUUGUAAAGGCUUUUAUAAUAUAAUCCACAAAACAGGCCUAACAGCUAACAAAUAUUGAAUCAUCCAUAUUUUACAGAAAAAAUCUAAUAAACUUAAUGA